UUUCGUAGUACGAGACUGUCAGAGGUGCUCGAGGAAGUCGUUCGAUAGAUAAACGUCAGAAUACAGGGUAACAGAUAUGACUGCCACUAAAGCAAUUUUUCAACCACAGUGUCCUCGAAGAGUGAGACCAGACAUCACUCCCAGCCGUUCAGUUUGCAGACAGCUCUUUGGGCCUGUUGACCACGUACAAUUGCGAGCAGAUUUACUCCGCGAGAAGGAGAAACUUAGCGUGGACAACAAUCAGACGUGGAAUUUCGAUUUUGAAAAUGGUGUUCCUUUAGUAGGAAAGUACGUCUGGGAGAGACUAUUUCCUAAAGUGAAUGGAGAUAGAACAGUUUCACGUUUUACUGACCAAGUCAGUGAAAUGGAAACACCGGAACGAUUCAGUCGCGCUUCAACGGAACUUACUACUACACCUACUACUACGACAAGCUUAGGCACGUCGACAUCAGAUGGCUCGAGCUCUACACAAGAGACUGUAUCGAUGAAUGGCAAAAGUCACCCACAAUCUCGCCUGAGGCAAAUCAGGAAGACUAAAUCUACAGGAAAAAUAACGGGUGAGUCAAGAAAUAUUUCUGUGUAAUGUAUUGUUGAUAUUUAACUCUUCUCUUUGGCUCGUUGAACUAACUCUCUUAUGAUCGUCGACGUGACAUGUUUAGCACGAGAUGAUCGUGUUUCAGCUGAACGCUAGAUCUGUUUGCAACUUUCCUUUUCAAGAUUCCACUGAAUUUUGUUCAUUCCGUGAGAAAUAACUGUCAUUUCGUUCGUUCAUAUGUGACCAAUCUAUGGUUAUUAGAUGUAGUAAUGAUAAUAGUCUUUUGUCAGCUGGGUCAAAUGCGACAAUAAACCAGGCCCUUGGUAUCGAUUUGCAUUGGUUUUUAUAAAUCCUUUGUAAUCUCUCCUUUCAGAUUUUCUGCGAUCAGCCAAAAGACAAAGAACGAGUGAAAAGGGACCACGAAGCACUAAACGAAGAUCAAUCCCGAAACAAACAAGUAUAGACUUGUUCGUUCGCAAACAAUAACUAGGCGUUUCAAUUAAGGUCAGUAGUUUUAUAAGCACUAAAUCGAUAUAACGGGUUGUGUAACACAGCAGUUGUACUGUAAUUCAUCCGUGAAUUUCCUUUCGUGACAAACAGAGCAAAAUCUAAAUUUUUACGUUGCCUUAAGAGGUUUAUUGGUGAUGUUUUCAUUAUCCUGGUGUAUCGAUUAUUCCCUAAGGAUGUCCCCACAGUGAACAGUUGUCACCGAAUGCUCAUUUGUUUGUCUUCUGUCAAAAAAACUCAUUGGAUUACUGAUCACCGACCUCGUUGAAAAAGAACUGUUUACCCAACGGUCUCAAACUAGUUAGAGGCACGUGUCGCCAGUUGAAUUUUAUUUAAAGUGAACGCGUUCAUUUCUGUAAUGGAAUGUUUUAUGAGUACAUUCCAUUCUAGAUUUUAAUACGUGUUUCUCUUCUCUUUCUAAAUUGACUCUACAUCGCCAAAAAAAAAUUACAGCUAUUUCACUUUUCGGUAAUGAUGUUGUAUUUACUUUAAAGUAAUUGAGUUCUUACGUUUGUAAUGUUCGAGUACUUUUGGCAACAUUUCGAUGUUCUAUCGAUAAAAUUUCGUGUAAUCUUGGGGCUUAUAUUGCAUCCGAGGAAUAUGGGGCGUGUUCCCUUGAAGACAAAAGGUAGCUAUGUGACAAUAUCGUACUCACGGAAUAUGAUAUCACAAAAAUAGUAGUUCUGAAAAACCUGAGAUCACAUAUUUUUAUUAUUUUUUAGCGCAGUUCCAAUGAAAUUAUGGCACAAGCAACACCAUUCCAAUUCCAUUUCAUUGUCAAGACAAGUCAGUGGACUGGCUGAUGGAAUGAAGUUUGAUUGUCUAGCAAACAGGAAUGAUUAGAGAAUCUAAGUCUAAAAAAAAUGUAAAUAAUGCAGAUAUAAGUGUUCCAACUGGGAAACAAGGAAUAGAAAAGCUACAAAACAGCCACUAAGGCUUAAAUUAUUCUAUUACUGAUGUAAUUCACUCCGUGAAGGAUAUUUUAUCAUAUUGAUAAGUUUUUCUUCAAGGGAAAUGCAUGUCAUCAGAGGAAAAGAUGACUCUAGGGUGGUCAUGCAUGGUGCAAUAGUGUUAAUCCCAUUCAAUUUGCUACAAGUUCUGUUGAAUCCAUAACAAUUCUUUCAAGAUGUAGUUUCAUAGAGUUUUGUUGCUGUCAUUCCUAAGGAAAAGCUUGUAUCAGUGUCAGCUUUCUUCUUGACUCUGUACCCUUUCUGGGGUAACUUUUCUAAUUAUCCUUUGCACAUUCUCACAGAUCAGAGUUAAAUGUCUUGGUGGUUCCCAGUCUAUUAUGAUGUAAAUUCAUGUUCAAAGGCUUAAAAUAUUUGUCUAAAAAACAAACAUCGCCUCUGUAAAUUAUAACUUAAUUGAAGAAAUCUGAAGAAUUGAAAUCUUUAUUAAAAAAAGCAAUUUAAACCAAGGUUAUUCAAUGUCAUAAUGUGAAAUCAUUACUUGGUGAGGAGGGAAGAGAGCUCUACAAUUCAACUUAAAACUUUCCCCAACUUUUCACUCCCCUUAUGUAAAGUUUAAAUUCUGUGCACUGUUUUCCACACAUCUCCCUUAAUAUUAGUGCUGAGAGUUUGAUUUGAUGUUGAAUAAAGCACCAACCUGA